AUGACGGGACAAUCAUCAGACACCGCUGCAGGCAUCACUGCGUAUGAAGUCUGCCUUCGAACUCCUCUCCAGGUUGCGGAUAUCAAGAGAGUUAACAAUCUUAUCAAUGAUCAAGAUUUUUUUGCCCUGAGGUCUAUCAGAAUUCCAGUGAAAAAGUUCAGUGUAUUGACCGAAACACAUGUCUCUCCAAAAGGAAGACCAGUCCUUCGGCCUGCUCACUGUUCCCCAGAAGUGCAGGAAACGUCACCUUCUGAUAAAUUCUCUGCUAAUGAGACUGCUGGCAACUUCUUAAAAGAAGUGGAUCGAGAUAUAGAAGAAAUAGUGAAGUGUAACGAUACAAAGAGAGAGAAUCUUAAUGAAGUUGUUUCUGCCUUAGCAGCCCAACAGAUAUGUUUUGAAACUGAUGGUAAAACUAAAAAAUGCAAGGAUCCUUACUAUGGAGCAGAUUGGGGUAUAGGAUGGUGGACAGCUGUAGUGAUUAUGUUGAUUAUUGGCAUAGUAACUCCAGUUUUUUAUCUCCUGUAUUAUGAAGUUCUAGUGAAAGCAGAUGUCAGUCACCAUUCUACAAUGGAAUCUUCCCAUUUGUUUGUCACAGCAGCAUCGCAUCAGAAACAAAUAGAAAAUGGAAUAAAUCCAGCGAAUAUUAUAAAUGUUGAUAAUCAAGGAGAUCUUCAGCCUAACAACGGAAAACCCCAGGCAACUGUUAUUCAUAGACGCGUAACAUAGCAUUAGAUAAAGGGGAAACCAUAGAAUGCAAAAUGCAUAUGGGACGCAGAGAAAAUGCGUGCUGAUGUGUGACUUGCCUUCAUGGGUAGUGUUCCAGUUCAAGGGUAUUUCUGUGGAUCAUGUAGUCUCUGAAUAUGCCUGAGACAGGCGAUUUUAAUGCAAGAUUGGGAUAUAAAUUAAGGUAUAAAGUUGUCUCUGAAGCUUUGCACUUUUUUCUAUUUUGAUAGGCAUAUGUUUUUUAAUUAAUAAUGAGGUGAAAAAAUGUAGUUCGAACUAACACAUGAGGAGUCUCACUGUACGUUUUACAGCCCUAAAAUGGGCAUUUGGGGAUAUCUAACUUUUAAACAUCUUAAAGUAUUUAUAGAAUGCAUAGUACACUUGACAUUUUAAUACCAGGUUUACAGUUGUCAGUUAAAACUGCGUUCUUAUAACUUUAUCUUUCUUAGAGUAAGAGGUUUUUUUUAAAACCCAAUCAUUCCAUAAUUAAUUGCCACUAUGAAGUUCUUUUUUACAAGUGACUUUUAUAGAGGCAGUACUUAAGCUGGAAUCUUCAAAUCUUGUGCCUGUGGUCAACUGAUUCUUUAGUGCUUUUCAGUAUAGGCAGUAGGAUAAUUUGUUUUCUAUGUGUGCAACACUGUGCCUCAACACAGUCCAAGUGAGAGUCUUGCUGGAACUUCACGUCCCUCCGUGGUAUCCUACUGAAAACUGACUGGACUGGACUGCACUUCUCAUCUGGUCAGCUGUGUAUAGAACAAAAGAAGCGCAGAUGUGCGGCACCUUACUGUGUCAGCUUCAGCAGCCUAUUUUAUGCUAAUGAAUUUUUUUUGUUCCCCCUCCAGUUAAUCUCAGUUCAGGACCAACUGAUUCUUCGGACAGCAGUCACAUGGGUACUGAGUAUGCUAAUGGUCACGUGCCCAUGAACCUCAAACACUAACUUUUUCCUGAAAUCUCCUAGAAAACUUCAAAUGAGAUUUAAUGGCUGCUAGCAAGAAACUUAAAUUGCAGCAGAAUAGACCAGUUGCAGCUUCAGACUUGUUCUUUAUGUAGUGUAGUGUAUUCAUCAACCACUCUGUUCUUCAAUGUUUUACUUGCGGUUUCAUGAACAACCUUGUUUCUCCCCUCUUUUCUUCCCUACCUGAAAAUGCUACAAGAUAAACAAAAAAAAAUCCCAGACUCUUCCUACAGAAAGGAGGUACUUGUGUACUCAGAAUAUUUUUAAAUAAAAACUGAGAUGCUGCCUAUAACUUUGUUAUAUUUGCCUUGUGGAGUAAGACUUCCAUUGCCCAGUUCCCAAAAUAACUGACUUGAAUAGGACUUGCAAAGAGAGAAGUGGAAAAGUAUCACUAUCCUUUAAACUACUAUUUUAAGCUUUCCUUUGAGUGUCUUGACUAAGUAUAUAUGGUAUAAAAAAAUCUGAUAAAGUGAAUGUUUCCUAGCUAUUGGAGGUAUCCCAAAGUGCUUCAUCAACUUAAAUUUUUAAAGUAAAAACUCAUGCCUCAUCUAUUCUUGGGGCAAAUAUUCUUCACUGGCAUGCUAAGUGUAUGAACCGUGAAUUGGAUAACUUUUAAUGUAUUAUAUUGAAAUUGAAGCAGGCCAGAGCUUAAAGGGAAAUGCUGUACAGUUGGAUCUGCGAACUAUGAUCUGUGGCCCUUGAACCCUUUGAUUGAAGUGCUACCUGUGGAGGUAGUGUGACUACACUUCCACACUAGAAGAGGGACUGCAAACAGGCAUGAACUUCAUGUUUCACGUAACACUUGUUUUCAAAGAUCUUUUAAAAUCAUUGUUCUUUUCAUGAAAAGAAUAUGCUAAUAACACAAGCAUGAAUACUGAAAUACUUGUUCUGGGUAAGGCUGUAUGAAAAAUUUCAUUGCAAAAUAAUUUAUGGUGGCUAAUGUGAUACAGCUUCCAUGGCUAAAACAUUAAAAGGUGACUUGCCCUAGUCCAGACAACAGAGCUUUGGCACAUGAAGACAAACAUUUUCUAGGUAGGACUGAAACUUGGUACACAAUCUGUCAGUUUUUUGCUGCAAGCUUAUUUGCUGGUUUGCUUCUCUCCCCUUCAUUCUGUUUCUGAAACCUCAACAUUUUUAAUACUUUAUCCUUCAAUUUCUUACGAAAUUGUCACAGAACAUGAAAUUAGCUAUUGUGAUGAUGCAACAUAAGCCUAAUUUCCUGCACGUACCUGAACUGAUGGGUAUUAAAAUUGCCAUCAGUACAGAAGUGAACUUAACUUCAGUUGUGGUUUGACUCAGUCAAGGUGGUCUCUAUCCUGUUGAUGUACGAGUAAAGAGAGCAGUGGUUAACUGUUGCUUUUCGUCCUGUGGCAGUACAGCUGAAUAGUUCUCUAGUUUAUUUUGGGCUUUGGGCUUUUACAGUGUUGGAAGGCCUGUGGCUUAUUGUCACUGAGUUAAGUGUGAUGGGCCUUUAUUUACCUUAGGAUAAGCAGUCGUUAGAAAAACACAAGGGGAUAUAGCUGUUUUAUUGAACCAUAUUAUACUCUAACCAAGCACCUAGCAUGGUUUUACUAUUUUAUUACGUAGCAUAUUUCAUAUGGCGUAUUUUUAAUUUAGAGAGUUAACUUUAUCAGAAGAUACAGGAGGUCUCUCUCCAAGGUUGUGGGACUCCCAGUACUGGUGAUCUACAAGCAUCAGCUGGCUUGGCUUUCUGCAGUAUGCAGGGAUAUUUACUGGUUUUUCCAAAGUACAACACGAUUGGCAAUGCAUCAUCACGUCAGCCCUGAAUAAACAGGGUAACUAACUGCUCUGUAUGGAACUUAAAUCUGAUUUAAGUUAAAAUCUCUAAAGUUAGUCUUUUAGAAACUGACUUGUUUAAAAAAAACCAAACAAACCAAAACAACCGAGUGGUAAGUCAUGUUUUAGAUUAAUUACAACACAUUGUUGAUCAGGAAGUUGGUUUUAAAUUUAAGUGCAUAUUGCACUGUUGGAUCAUGUAAAAUGUAAAUGCUUUAAAUCUGCUAUAUUUUGGAGUAUGUUGUGACAAAUAGUCUUUGUAUAACUAUUUUAUAAAGGCUGAAAAUAUAACUUUCUAAAAUAAUCCUGACUGAGGACGCAAGUCUUAUUUUAAAUACUUCUGCUCCUCUGCUUUUAGAAGAACAUAGGUAAUGUAUGUAAAAUAAAGAUUUUAUUUUAGACUGCAGUGGAAGUGGUGCAUAUCGUAUUCUUAGCUCUAUAUACUUUGCAUGUUUUAUUACAGGAGGCCACUACUUGUAUUUGUUUUGGCUAGUUUUUAUGUGUGAGCUAAAAUAAAAUCCUUGGCCAACAACUAUUUUGUUGGCAGUAGCUGCAUAUAGCAUUCGUAUCUAACAUACCAUAACGGGAGCCUUAAUGGUUUAUCCUGUGCAUGCCUUGUAGAACUUGGAACUUUUCUGCGUAAAGUUCUGAGGACUUGUGAAAUGAGGAUUAAGAAAUAGGCAUGAAAAAUUAAGGUAGGGAUCAGUGAAGUUCUUAGAUGGUGAUCUCCCUACACACUGAAAGCAGUGCAUUCUUGUGUGAAGUAGCAAUGUUCUUCUGCUAUGCUAUUAAGAUAGGAUUUGAAUAUUUGCCUGUCCAAACCCAAGGUUUGCUAAGACCAAAGAAAGGUCUAAGUUUUAUCAGCAUUGUGGUCUUGCAAUAAAUUCUAAGCAAACAGAAAAUCAGCUCAUAAAAACAGCUGCAAGUGUUAUGCCUCUGGAACAGCACAAUCUCGUUCCAUUUCAGAAGUGCCUUGGCACAGAGCUGCAUCAUUGCAGAACUUGUGUUCAUAAGCGUUGGCCUUAUUUGCCGUUGUUAAACUAGUCCUAGAAGGUCCAUUCUAAGACUCUGUGGUUCCCUCUGGAGGACAGAGGUGACCAUAGUUCACCUUUUAAAGGUCUCAGAAAGACCUGAUUUCUGCCAUAGUAGUAUUUCCCAACAGUAUAGCAGGGAGGCAAUUGUCUCUCCCAUGAGCAGUAUGAACAAUGAAGAAAGUCAUCGGUCCCCAAGAAUUAGCGUCUGCUACAAAAUAAGGUAUUGUGCCUGCUCAGGCAAGCCACCGCUUGUGACCAAAUUGUAACUCGGGCAGUAAUGCUUUUCCAGUGUUAAUUCUCUAGUUCUGUCUUUGGCAAAAGCCAUCUAUUUUCAUUCCUUGUGUGAAAGGCAAGGAGCCUUGUUUACCUUGCAUAGGGGGAAACAGCUAGUAGAAGAUAAUACUAGUUAUACUUGAGGCAAACAAGUUUAAUUUUCAACAUGCUUACCUUGUUCACCACACCUUCUGUCUUUCUCUUGUAUAUCACAUGCAAGAAACAGGCACACCUGUUCAAGAAACAACUGCUGGCAUGUGUGAUGUUAAAAGAAAAUGAUCAGACAGAAUACAUUUCCUAUGCAAUACAGCAGAAUGUUUAUUAAACACUGUUUGUAUAGCUAUGAACACUUCAAAAUAAAAUUGGUAUACCUCAGGUGUGACCUGGCAUAGCAUUUUAGUUUAAUUUCCUUUACAUCUGAUAUGAAUUUUAUCAGAACACUUGAAAGCUACACCUUAAGGAACAAAUUCUUAUUGCAUACAGAAGUUCAUAGAAUAAUGCAGUACUGUUUUCCAGUCAGCAGUGAGGUAAAGUACUACUUGACAAAACGCCAACUUGCAAGGAAAACUUCCAUACUUUCCUUUGCUGAUAAAAGAAUUGGUUUUGUUUUAAAACUGUUCUUUCAUUAGACCCGAUAACAGCACUAGUUAUCAGGAACAGAAUGAUUUAAAAGUAAAA